AUGGCAAAAGUGGUUCCAAGUGAGAAAAAGCUACAUUUUAUUGAGAACUUUGGACUUAGUGGUGCUGCUGCUAUCAUUUCCAAAACUGCUGCUGCCCCAAUUGAGAGAGUGAAGCUUCUUGUUCAAAAUCAAGAUGAGAUGUUGAAGGCUGGACGCUUGGAUACCCCAUACAAGGGUGUUGUGGACUGUACAAUGAGAACAUACAGAGCUGAGGGUUUUCUUUCUUUCUGGAGAGGUGAGUAGUUUUGAUUCAUAAGUCAGUCUGCCUCUUUGUAGUUAAAAGCAGUUCAAGCUGUCAGAGAAUGUUUACUACUCUACUACUCCAUCUGGAUGGUAAACCAUUCUAUUGCAGAUCUCCCUUCCCCUCCUCGAAUUUGAGAGGGGGGAGGGAGAGGGAGUGAUAGGCGUGGAGUUGUGUGGAGAGCACUUGCCUCAACCGAAACAACCCAACUUUGGUUUGCAAACCUAGUGUAACUUGUGGGUUAAUUUGGCUGAUGGUUAUCCUCCUUAUUCUAAGGGUUUUUUUCCAGUCACUCUUCUCUCUUUUACAGAAACCCUCUCAAAUGGUUGCUUUGCAACCUGUGUAAUUGCUGAUUUAAAUUGUCUUGCUGGUGUAAAGAACAAUUUUAAUCUUGGGUGUAGAGUUGCAUCAUAUCCCCUCCUCUCAUGAAAACAGAAUUUAACGUUUGCCAAACCCUUUAACUCCCAAGAUCUGAUUGUUAAUUCUCCCCUCUAGCUGCUACACUUUUCCUUGUAAAUUAGUUGCAAGAAUUUGGUUUACGGUCAAGAUAACUUCUCAUUGAUAAUUUAAAGUAUACUCAUAACUUUUUUGCUGGACAACAUGAAUGUUGUAGGGAGAAGGUAAAUGUUAAUAAUUUCUGGUAGUUAAAGAUUAAUAGAACCAUAUACUCUUUUGCUCUUCUCCAGGUAACCUUGCCAAUUGCAUCCGUUACUUUCCAACACAAGCUUUGAACUUCGCUUUCAAGGAUCAGAUUAAGGCCCUUUUCAAACCCAAGAAAACUGAUUCCUAUGGGACCAAGUUUAGCAAGAAUAUUGCCUCUGGUGGAGCUGCUGGUGCCAUGUCCUUGCUGUUCGUCUACUCUCUGGAUUACUGCCGAACAAGGCUGGCCAAUGAUGCAAAGGCAGGUUCUAAAGGGGGUGAUAGGCAGUUCAACGGCAUUAUUGAUGUGUACCGCAAGACACUGGCAUCUGAUGGUAUCGCUGGUCUGUACAGAGGUUUUGUCAUUUCCUGCGUUGGUAUCAUUGUCUACCGUGGCUUCUAUUUUGGUCUGUAUGAUACCCUGAAGCCACUGCUGUUGGGUGAAGAUGCUGGACUGCUCAUCUCCUUUGUCCUGGGUUAUGGUGUAACAGUAUCUGCUGGCCUGGCCUCUUAUCCAAUUGACACCAUCCGUCGACGCAUGAUGAUGACAUCAGGAGAAGCAGUGAAGUACAAGGGUUCCAUCGACUGCACUUUGCAGAUUAUCAAGGGCGAGGGUUUCAUGUCCUUGAUGAAGGGUGCUGGAGCAAACAUCCUCCGUGGUAUGGCAGGUGCUGGUGUCCUGGCUGGCUUCGAUGAGUUCAAGAAAUUGUAUCUCAGUAUUCGCUUCAAGGAUGCCUAA